AUGUCGGGCUCACCUGUAGAUGCACCAACGGUCCACUCAAGUCAAGCAGAGGUUUGGUACCUCAAGCAAAUAACAUAUGGUGGCCGCCGGUGCAAAAUCAUAACCCAGAACUUCAACGGGCCAUGUUCCUUCAUUGCUAUCUGCAAUAUCCUCAUACUGCGCGGCCAGAUUGAAAUACUGCCGCCGGAUCGCGAAACGGCUUCUUAUGAAUUUCUCUCUCAGUUGGUUGGAGAGUAUCUCCUUACUUGCUCUGCCGAUAUGGACAUAUCUGCUGCAUUAUCCGCCCUGCCAUAUACCCAAAAGGGCAUGGACCUCAAUCCAUUAUUCACGGGUCCCACAUUGUUCAGACCAGGAGGGAAAGGCGGAGAACUGGACCUCUUCAAGCACGCAGGAAUCGAUCUUGUACACGGCUGGCUGGUGGAUCCCCACAGUCCCGAGGCCCCGGCAGUCACGAAAGUGGAGGACUACGACUCUGCUGUCGAUUUGGUCGCUACGGCGGACCACAUCACCAAAGGCCAGCUUCUGGGUACGGACGCAACUACCGGUCCGUCUAGCCCGACUAGUCCUCUGGACGCUGAAGACCGAACAAAAGUUGAAGAUGCUAUACUCGUUCGCCAUUUUCUUGACGCCAGCUGGUCGCAGCUGACGUACACCGGCCUAUUCGAACUUUCCCGAAUAAUAGAACCCGGCAAACUGGUCGCACUGUUUCGUAGCUCCCACCUUUCCGUUGUGUAUAAACCUAUAGGGCGUGACAACGCUCUGUACAGUUUGAUCACCGACCAUGCGUUCCUCCACGAACCUACGGUGGUUUGGCAACGAAUGGACGAUGUAGAAGGGGUCUCUACCUCGUAUGUCGAUGCAGACUUCAAUCCGGCCAACCCGGCAGGAGGGGAUGUAAUGGGUCAGACUGCGGAGCAAGCGCUCAUGGCUGCAGAAUACCUAGCAGACCCUCAGGCACAAGCAGACAAACAACUAGCGAUACAGUUGCAACAAGAGGAAGAGCACCAAUAUCGUGAACUUAGAGCCCAGCACGACAGGCGUUGGCAAGAACAACACGAGUUUGAAGAGAGGAAGAAAGAGAAAAAGCGCUUGAAAAAGGAGAAAUCGUGCAUCAUUAUGUAG